CAACAACAACAACAAUAAAAAAAAAACAACGACGACAACAACUUAUCACAUCAUCAUCAUCAUCAUCAUUACGAACGACAAUAAUUUUGUUACAAAAUAUAUCGAUUAAAAGCAUAUUAUUUGUGAUUUAAAAUUGAAUUCAAUCAAUCAAGAAAAGAUUAAUUAAGUUUUAAAGAAAAAAAAGGAUUAAAUCAUUUAUCAAUAUCAAUUCCAAGAUACACGACAAUCAAAACAAACAAAAACCACAACGAUUUUUAGUGUUUUCCUACUGAUCAUCAUCAUCAUCAUCAUCGUCAUCGUCAUCAUUAUCACAAUUAUUUGUAGAAGGGCAAAAAAAUAAAACCAUUGCUGUAUCUUUUUUUUUUUGUUGUAUCAUCAUCAUCAUCAUCAUUGCUAUGUGUGUGUGUAUGGAUUACAUUUGUGAGGAAUGUGCAUUUGAUACAAAACACAAUACACAAAAAAAAAUUGCAACAUUUAACAAACCAAAACACAAAUCGAUAAUUUUUGCAAAUUAAAAUCCGAUAAAAUAAAUUCUGAAUUCAUUCGUUCGUGUGUAUUGACGAAUAAAAAAAAAAUCAGUGAGCUAAAUAAUCAUCAAUUCGAAGCCAAUUCCAUUUUCGAAUCAUUUGUGAACGAGCUUACAAACGCGUUUUUUUUCUCUCUUUUUUCCUGGUUUGGUUAUGACAACAACAACAACAAAAAUCGAAUAGAACUUUUUUUUAGCGGUGUUGUGUUAUUAAGUGUAAACAAUAGCAACAAAAACAAAAUCAAAAAUUCAAACCAAUCAACGAUUCAUUGAUUGAUUGAAACAUAUAUAUAAUAUAUUAUAAAUUUGUAGAAAUUUUCGGCUGAUAACAGAUGUGGAUUAAUGAACAGAUGGAUUCAUUACGUGAACAAGUGAUGAUCAAUCAAUUUGUUGUUGCUGCCGGAUGUGCACAUGAUCAAGCAAAGCAAUUAUUACAAGCAGCACAUUGGCAAUUUGAGACUGCAUUGAGUAUAUUUCUACAAGAUUCACCAAUUUCCGUACAUCAUCAUCAUGGUAAUAAUCAUUUUCAUCAGAUGUGUACACCAGCCAAUACACCGGCAACACCACCAAAUUUUCCUGAUGCAUUAUUACAAUUUUCAAAAUUAUCAACAACAAAUAAUACACAAGAAUUAACAUCAUUACCACGUACAUAUAGUAAUUCAAGCCAACAUUCAUCACCAAUAGGUCCAGGACGACAUCAUCAUCAUAAUCAUCAUAUAAUUACACAUUCAUCUACACAACAACAACAACAACAACAACAACAACAAAUGAUAAAUACAUCGCGCACACAACAACAACAACAAUUACGUUCAUCACCAAUUAUAAACAUUUCAUCCACAACAACAACACAACCUUAGGCCUUGUGACACACAUAAUUAAAUAAAUAUGUCCACACACACACACACACAUCAAACACUUACAUAUAAAUGCCCAAUAAUUUUAUCAAUUAUCAAAUUUUCUUUUCAUAUUUUUUUUUCUUGACUAUUUGAUAAUUCAUAGCAUCAUUU